UUUCAGCGUUCCAAAAUAUUCCACUGAGCGUGCGCGUGCAUGUGCAAGGCGUGAGUGAGCGUGCACGCGAAAUGGGCCACGCACGAUGACGACGACGACGACGACGACGACGAGGCAGGAGGAGCCCCCGACCCAGCACCCCCAAAACGAAAUGUCCGCCAGCAGCCCCAGAAAAGGCGUCGCGAGCCGGCCCCUGCGAUUGACGGGUUAGCCGCGUAAGGGAGCGGCCGAGCGGGGACAGGGCGAAGGAGCUCCGGAGCGCAAUCGCCAGCAGCGCUUUCGCUCUUCUCAUCCGACUUUCGGACGGACGAAGGAGAAGAAGACGGGGAACGGCAGCGGCGGCCGCGGCCACACCGGCCUUCCACGCUCGGAGCCCGGCUAGCGGGACCGCCGCUCCCCCCGCCGAAGGGCCGACGCCCCCAUGGAGUCGUCGGACGACGACACCCUCAGCGAGCGCUCGUGCGUCAGCGAGCCGUCCUUCCGCAGCGAGCGCUCGGGGGGCUCGCUUUCGCCGUGCGCCUCGUCGCUGCACGCCGGGCCGCCGGGGGACACGCUGCCCUGGAACCUGUCCAAGCACGAGCGGCGCAAGCGCAGGAGCCAGGACUCGGUGCUGGACCCCGCCGAGAGGGCGGUGGUCCGCGUGGCAGACGAGCGCGACAGAGUGCAGAAGAAGACCUUCACAAAGUGGGUCAACAAGCACCUCAUCAAGGUGAGGAAGCACAUCGCCGACCUCUACGAGGACCUGCGUGACGGGCACAACCUCAUCUCCUUGCUGGAGGUUCUCUCUGGCGUCACCCUGCGACCCAGAAGCAUCCCCUUCCUGAAAAGGGCGUACGCCGCACGCGCGCCUCCUCUCAUCCCGCUGGCGGUGGAGGAUGAGGAUGAUGAGGAGGAGGAGGAAGGAGCUCAGGGACCCAGAGAGAAGGGCCGCAUGAGAUUCCAUCGACUGCAAAAUGUCCAAAUAGCUCUGGACUUCCUUAAACAAAGACAAGUCAAACUCGUCAACAUCCGCAACGAUGACAUCACCGACGGGAACCCCAAGCUUACGCUGGGGCUCAUCUGGACCAUCAUCCUCCACUUCCAGAUUUCCGAGAUCUACGUGUGCGGCGAGUCGGGCGACCUCACCGCCAAGGAGAAGCUGCUGCUUUGGAGCCAGCAGGCCACCGAAGGCUACCCGGGCCUCCGCUGCGUCAACUUCACCUCGUCGUGGAGCGACGGCCGCGUGUUCAACGCCCUGCUGCACAGAUACAGACCCGACCUGAUCAACAUGGAGGCGGUGUCGCAGCAGAGCAACCGUGAGAACCUCGAGCAGGCCUUCGAGAUCGCCGAGUCGCUCGGGGUGACCAGACUGCUGGACGCCGAGGACGUUGACGUCCCGGCACCUGACGAGAAGUCCGUCAUCACGUACGUCUCGUCCAUCUACGACGCCUUCCCCAAAAUCCCAGAGGGCGGCGAAGGCAUCGCCGCACACGAGGUGGACCAGCGCUGGUCCGAGUAUCAGUCCAGGUUCUCGUCUCUGCUCCAGUGGAGCCGCCGGCAAGCGGCCGUCAUGGCCAACAAGAACUUCCCGCAGAAUCCAGUCGAACUCAAGGCACUUUACAACGAGUACGUCCACUUGAAGGAGACGGAGAUUCCUGCCAAAGAGCUGGAAAAAAGUCACGUGGCGCACCUCUACAAACUUCUGGAGGUGUGGAUGGAGUUCGGCCGCUUGAAGCUUCCUCAGGGCCUCCACCCCAACGACCUGGAAGAGGAGUGGGGCCGACUCAUCCUGGAGAUGCUGGACAGGGAGAAGGUUCUCCGACCCGCCGUGGACAGACUGGAGUUGCUGCUCCAGAGAGCGAACAAGUUUCAGAAGCUCGCCCUGGACUGCGAGGAGAAGCUCACCUUGGCCAAGAACACGCUUCAAGCCGACGCGUCGCGGGCGGAGAGCGGCGAGGCGCUGCGGUGCGAGAGCGAGCUGGCCUGCUACCUGCGCGACUGCGAGGCGCUGGUGGCGCAAACGCAGCAGGAGCUCACCGUCCUCCGGGACGACAAAUAUUACCAAGUGGAGCAGCUGGCGUUCAGAGCUUCGUGCCUCCGGGAGGAGCUGGCGUCUCUCCGUCUGGAAUGUUCCGGCCUGUACGGGAAGGGUCGCUUCGACUCGUCCGCGGGGGGCCCGCGCCGACCCGCCGAGGGCCCCGGCCUCUCGGCGGGCCCGCGCCGCCUCCCGGCCCGCUCCCCGCUGGUGGCCGCGUCGUCGUCCGAGGACGAGGGCGGGCUGAGGUUCAUCUACGAGCUUCUGGGAUGGGCGGAGGAGACGCAGGAGCUCACGGAAGCUGCGGAAUGGGGAGCCGACCUUCCGUCGGUGGAGAAGAACCUGCGGGAACAGGAGCGCGCGCACGCGGCCGCGGAGGAGCUGGCCGGCGGCCUGCGCGAGGCUCGCGACUACGAGGCCAAAGUGUCGAGCGACUACAGGAGCAACUACUCUGAGGCGCUGGCCCAGCUGGAGCGGCAGUACGGCAAACUACUCGAGCGCUCGUCGUGGCGCCUGCGCAGCCUGGAGAGUCUGUUCGCGUUCGUGCGCGAGUGCACCGAGGAGCUGAUCUGGCUGAACGAGCGCGAGGAGGACGAGAUCGCCUUCGACUGGAGCCACAACAACAGCGACAUGGACGCCAAGCGCGAGUUGCACAGCGAGUUGCGACGCGAGCUGGACCACAAACGCGGCGUGAUGCGCUCCCUCCAGGAAACGGCGCGGCGCCUGUGUCAGGAAGAGCAUCCCGCCAAGCAGACUGUGGAGGCGUACGGCGCCGCGCUGCAGACGCAGUGGCGGUGGGUGGAGCAGCUGUGCGUGUGCGUGGAGCAGCACCUGAACGACAACACGCCGUACUUCCGCUUCAUGAGCGACGCGCGCGACUGCGAGUCGUACCUGCGGCAGCUGCUGGAGAGCAUCAGGAGGAAGUACGCCUGUGACCGGAACAGCCGCCUCAGCAGGCUGGAGGACCUGCUGCAGGACUCCAUGGAGGAGAAGGAGCAGCUGAUCGAGCAGCGCGGCAAAGUCGCCAGCCUGGUGAGCCGCGCCAAGACGCUGGUGCAGCUGCGCCCCCGCUGCGCCGACUGCCCCCUGGUGGCGGCCACGCCCGUCCGCGCCGUCUGCGACUACAAACAAAUAGAGAUCACGAUAACGCGCGGCGACGAGUGCGUGCUGGAGGACAACGGGCAGCGCAGCAUGUGGAAGGUGAUCAGCCCGACGGGCAACGAAGCCACGGUGCCCUCCGUCUGCUUCACCGUGCCGCCGCCCAAUCGGGAGGCCGUGGAUGCCGCCGGCAGGACGGAGCAGUUGUACCAGCAGGCGAUGUCGUCGUGGCACCAGCUGCACGUCGACAUGAAGAGCGUCGUCUCCUGGCACUACCUCCUCAAAGACCUCGACGCCGUCUCCCAGUGCGACCUGGACACGGUCCGCAACCGGUCGCCGUCGGAGCGCCAGCGGGUCGUGGACCACCUGGACUCCCGUCUGUCCGACUUCCUGUCCGACAGCAGAGAGAGUUCGCUGUUCGCGCCGGCCGAGCGGAGCCAGCUGGAGGCGGACGUGCGGCGGGCCCGGCAGCGCUGCCGCGACCUUCUGCUCGACGUGGAGAGCGAGGAGAAAGACGAGGCGGCGUGUCGCUCGUUGGUGUCGGAGCUGCAGAACGUCGGCCUGCGACUCGACGAGUCCGAGCGCGGCUUGAUCGGCGCCAUUCAGACGGCCGGUCGGCCGGCCGACGACAGCGCGGAAAACGCCGUCAGGAUAGCCGAGCAGGAGAAGCUGAUGUCUGAGCUGGACGCGCUUCGCUCCGGCUCGGGCGACGUGUCUCGGCGCUGCGUGGCCUUCUUGGAGGACAAGGCGGCGGCGUCGGGCGUGGCCGCGCUGCGCUCGGAGCUCAACCGGACCGUGGAGAAGACGGACAAGCUGCACCACCUCUCGUCCGUUUUCCUGCAAAAAUUAAAAACGGUGGACGUGCUGCUGCGCUGCCUGGAGGAGGCGGAGAGUCACGUCGGCAAGUACGAGAGCAGGCUGAGCGAGGAGGACGUCCUUCCGGCGGACACGGCGGCCAUUCGGAGGCUCAGAGAUCAAUUGGGGACGUGGCAACGCGAGCUGUCCGAGCGGGAGGUCGUCUUCCGGUCCCUGCGGUCGGACGUCCUGCGGGCCGACGAGGCGGCGUCCCGGCUCGCCGUGCUGCGCCCGGACCGCGGCGUCGAGCCGCAGCGCUGCCGGGAACGAGCCGAUCGGGCGGCGGAGCGCUGGGAGGCUGUCAAGAAGCAGAUGGAAACGCGGCGGGCAGAGCUGGAGGGGAUCGCUCGGGUUCUGCAGCAGUACAGAGCCGGCCGCUCGGAGCUGACGGCGUGGAUCGACGAGACCGCGCGGCGGCAGGAGAACGCGCCGGCCGGCGACGCCGACAGCAAGACGCUCUCGGAGCAGCUGGCGCAGCAGACGGCUUUGGUCACCGAGAUCGAAGAAAACCAGAGCAAACUCGACGAGUGCCAGAUUCACUCCAAACGAUACUGCGCCUCCGUCAAGGACUACGAGCUUCAGCUGAUGACCUUCAGAGCCUUCGUGGAAUCCACGCACAAGUCGGCGGUCAAGAGGAGGAGGACGCACUCUUCCUCCGACGCCGUCGCCCAAGAGUUCAUGGACCUGCGCACGCGCUACACGGCCUUGGUCACGCUGACAACGCAGCACGUCAAAUACAUCAGCGACGCCCUCAGGCGACUCGAAGAAGAAGAGAAAGAGACGGAGGAGGAGAAGCAGGCCCGAGCGGGUCAGGUGUCGGACCUGCUGGCUUGGAUCGGAGGCCUCCGGGGUCGGGCCGCCGAGUCGUCGCUCGCUGCGCAACAGGCCACCAACGAGCAACUGGCCGCCAAGAAAGACGACGUGGCCGAAGCCGUCAGGAGCGCGCGGGUCUUCCUCCUCUCCAAACGGGCCGCCAAGCUGUCGACGGACGAGCGCGCCCUCGCGGAGGCGCAGCUGGACCGGCUGACGUCCGCCUACCGCGAUGCGUGCGAGGCCUCCGCGCGGCAGAUGCGGCAACUGGCCAGGGAGGAGGAGAGGAAGAUUCCACGCUGCAUCGCCGGCGUGAUCGACCUGGGAAGCGUGGAAACCUUCCCGGUGUUCCAAGCUGCCCAGCGGGGUCUGAUCGACCGGGACACGGGUCGAGUACUGCUGGAGGCCCAACUCGUCACCACGGGGAGGCUCCUCUCUCCCGACGCCCCCCUCGGGCUCUCCCUGGAUCAAAGUCUCACGGGAGGCUCGAUCGACACGGACAGCAGAGGCAAAGUUAAGACUUUUGGCAGUUUCACCACACAAAAUGAUGUGGUCAAAGCGUUGACUUUGACGCAAAAACAGAUUACUGACAGACAAACUGAGGCAGAAGUAGGAACUUCCAGUAGAGUCACACAAAACAAAGACUUUAAGUCUAGGAGCACAAAAGGACAACGAGACAGUGAUGAAGCUAAACCUGAAUCCUUGGCAAUUGUUGGGAUUCAUUUAGACGGAUCAUCAGAAACUGUAGUAGAUAAAAGCAUAAGAGAUGAAGAGAGAGGACUAUCUCGUCUUGAAAGUUCAACAGAAAAGCUCAAAAGUCUUGAAGAGAAAUCUAAAAGGGUCACAAACGACGAAGUUGCAGCUGAAUCCAAAGUUUUACAGACAGCGCUUGAGUCAGAAAAUAUUGAAAACAUUUUACUAGGUUCUAUAAAUGAAGAUUGCGAUUUCAAACAUUUGCGGAAACCUGACGGGGUUGAAUCCGAGGAGCUAAAUCAGGAAGUCUCAAAGUUGGACAAACCUGUGGUUGAUAUCCCUGAAUCUGCAUCUGGGGAGGAGGAUGCUGAACUGUCAAGGUUGGUCUCUGACCUCACUAAGGGUGGUCUGAUGAUGGAAGACGGGGAAAUGUUGCUCCCAGAUGAAGCGGUCGCUCGGGGCAUCCUUCCCGGUCACACUGCGGUCAAAUCAAUGGCUCGCGUAGGAUUGUUUGGUGGUUUCCUCGACCGUAGAAGCGGUGAGUCGCUGAGCAUAGAUGACGUCAUGCGGGAAGGCUUACUAGAUGAGGAUCUGAUGUGGCGUGUCCUGAAGUCGGAUAAAACACUUGCAGGGAUCGUGGAUGUGGCGAAAAAUCAGAUCUGUGGGGUGAGGGAGGCAGCUCAGGCUGGUUUGAUUGAUGCCAACACUGCAACUCGAUUGCUCGAAGCCCAGGUGGCGUCUGGAGGUAUUGUAGAUCUCCGCAGGGAUAAGAAAGUCUCUGUCAUUUUAGCGUCAAACCUUGGGCUGAUAGAGGAAGCUCAAAGAGAACAACUAGUAGCACUAGAGAGGGCCUACAAAGGAAAGGUGACCGGGACUGAAGUAGCCCUCGCUAAAGCCAGUUUACAGCUACAGAUGGAAGGUGUUAUUGACCCAGAGACUGCGUGUCCUGUUCCUCUUGACCAAGCCAUUGCGAAGCGCUUAAUAAACCCCAAACAUGCAUAUCAGGUGUUGCUCAGACAGGUAGCCGAGGGCGCCAUAAUCCAUCACGCUUCAGGAAUGAGGCUGUCGGUGUCCGAUGCUGUAGGGAGAGGUCUCGUCGAUCGAUCCCUCGCUCCUGGCUUGGAGGAGAUGGAGUGGGCUUACCAAGGAAAAGGCAGCUCCUCAAACACGGAGGCUGCGGCUUUACAAUUAUCAACUGGAGCAAUUUUUGACCACCACGCUGGCUGUAAAGUCACAUUGAGCCAGGCUGUUGCUCGGGGUCUUCUGGACGAGGAUGUUGGAAGCGAAGCCAUGGCUACAGGUGCAGCAACACAAGGGGUGGUUGACCCCCAAACCGCUCUGAUUGUGCCUUACUCGGACCUUGUAAGAAAGGGUAAAAUAGACGUUGAGACGGGCAAGCGAUUUUUGGAAGUGAAACCAUUCAGCGGAAUUGAGAACACGCAAACAAGAAGCCGCAUGACUUUUCCUGAAGCUUUGGCUGCUAAACAAGUUGACCCAAUUCCUGCUCUGAGACUGCUCCAAAGCCAGGCAGACAGCGGUGGCAUUGUUGAUAUCACCACUGGAGAAAGGCUUCCUCUACCAGAAGCUACUGAAAAUGGUUUAGUCUCGGAGGAUAUGGUCUUAGAAAUUGCCACCGACCAGAUGAUGAAAGGCGGCCUCGUUAAUCCAGUAACUGGGCAACGAGUGUUAAAUCUCAGCGACGCGGUUGCUUUACGGCUGAUUUCCGGUCACGUGGCUUCAGAAAUCCAGAAAAAAUGGUCUCCUUUGGAGAUACAAAUUGAUGAAGAUAGUUCACCUACUACCACUUCGUCACAAAGCGCAAAGAGCCCAGUUAGCCCUGAGGUGCCUUUACGGGAUGAUGGAGAGGCUUUGACCUCUGCAGAACCUAUUGAUGUCAUGACUGAAGUAGACAAGUCACUGGAGCCGGACAAGUCCAUUGACCUUUUGAGGAACUUUGCUGCAAAUGUUGAAAAGAGAAUCCAGCAAGCCAUAGAGGAGGCCAUACCGCAGAUCGGUACAGCAGAGAAGAUUCCGAAGCCAAAGACUGGAGAUAAAUUACAAAUCAACGCAGUUGAACAAAAAGGACGCAUACCUGAAUGUUUGUUUUCAGAAUCGGUUCAAGCACACGACGCAGAUUUUGACAACGGUGUUAAGGACGAAGACAAGGACAAGUCAGAUGGGAUACCUGAGAAGUUGCAGUUUAAAUCUAGUGAUGAGAAAAGUAUGUCAGUCCAAUACUUUCAUGGUUCGCUGACUGACUCCAGAACAGCUGACAAGGAGGAAGAACGCACGAAUCCAAGUUACGAAAAAAGCAGGUUGGGGGGGGAUGCUGUAGUGAGGAACGAGGGGGAAAGAGAGAAGAUUUUGAACUUUGAAACGGAGGGUCCUGCCAUGGAGCAGCAGGAACUGGUGUUGGACGAGUCCAUACUGCAGAUCGGUAGUGCAGGGAAGAUUUACAAACCAACAGCUGCAGAUAAACUGCAGAUAAGUCAACAGAGCACUGAUGGACAAGAAGAAAGUAUACCUGAAGGUUUGGUUACAGAAUCGAUUCAAACGUGUGACUCCGAUAUCCACAAAGGUGUUAAGGAAGAGGAGAGAGGUAAGCCUGAGAUGUUACAGUGCAGUUCCAGCGAUGAGAGCAGUACUUGGCCCCAAGACGGUGAUGGUCUGUUGACUGACUGUGGAACAGCGAAGCACACGGGUGGCAAAGACGAAGAGCAAGUAAAACAAAGUGACAAGGAACGUAGGAUGGGGGAUGUCGUAGAGAGGAACGACGGUGAGAGACAGAAUACUUUGAGCAUUGAAACCGAAGCGAGGAAGGUUCCUAAAUCAUUGGCUGCAGAUCAAUCGCAAAGAAGUCAACAGCACAGAGCUGUACAAAAAGAAAGCAUUCCGCAAAGUCUGGUUGUACAGUCAAUUCGGGAUGGUGACGAAGUUGUUAAGGAAAAGGACAGACAAAAGUCAGAUGGGAAACCUGACAAUUUGCUCUCUAGAUCCAAUGAUGAGACCGGUACAUCGGUCCAAGACGAAGAUCGUCCACUGUUCCAUUCCAGAACUGAACGCAUCGGCGACAAAGAAAAAGAACAUGUGAAACCAAGUGAAACCAAGGAACAUAGAAUGGGGACUAUUGUAGAAGGGAACAAUGCCGAAAGGGAGAAUAUUUGGAGCUUUGAAACUGAGGCUCCUUCUGCCAUAGGCCAGGAAGAGCCACUGUUGGAGGGGUCUUUGGCCAAAGAAAGCAAAACCAAGAAAAAGAAGAGGAGUAAAAAGAAGGCAAAAAUGACCGAGGAUAAAUGUAAAACACAGCAAACGGAAACAAAGCCGCCACCUGAGAUUUAUCAGCCAGAGAAAGCAUUGCCAACUCAUGGCAAGACGGUCGGACUGUAUCAAGUAGACAACACUGAAGGAGAAGCUGAACCACAUGCCGUAAAACAGCAUCCCCGAGAUGAAGAACUUGGCCGUGUGAAAGCUGCAGCCCCCUUACUUGAGAACACUGACAAGAGAAACGGAGUUGAAGACCCUCAGUCGAUCCUGUCUCAACGAGAACAAUCCGCCAGCAGUCAGGAGGUGGGUGGAAACAGCGAGCAGCAGUCUCCUCUAAUGUCGAGUCCGCCGGACGAGCAGAAGGCCUCCGUGAAGCUAAAAGCCGGAGAGAGCGACCUCAAGAAGGCGUUUGAGGCCAGGGUUAGCGACAAGAAGGCUGUUGAGGAGGUCCAGGAGACAGAGACCACGGAAACUCUCGAGAGUGGUGACAACACGAGACCGAGGAGUGUGGAGGAGGACAAACAAGAACUGGCAGGCAGCAAAGUCAAUGCGGAUGUUUCUUUAAAUGAGGCCUUCGAGAAGGAUCGGCUUCCAGGUGUCAAGCCUGCGGAAAGUCAACAAAGUAAGAAGAAGUGUAAGCGUUUGAAAGCUCAGCCUGCCAAUGACAAUUUACAGACUGAUCAGGAAGAGGAUUCUAAGUUCACAACGGAAAUCGAUUCAAAUAGCUCACGUGCGAGUCCGUCAACCGGUGACGACAACGAGAUAAUGCAAACCUGUACAAUAAGUUCAAGUCCACCAAAGAAACGCACUUCUUACCCCGAGGAAUCAAUACGUUACGCUCCUGAAGAAAAGCCUUCAGGCAAGGCAAACGCCGGUGAUUCUCAUGAAGAAGUCGUAUGCCAACCGCGUGAGCAUAUUCAGUCUGAGCCAGAAGAAGACGAGAAUGAGCACGGACCAGCUGAAGCUGCAACUAGCAAAGGGCUUGAAGUUGAGUCUCCACAAACGGCACCUCUCCUCUCGGACGAGGCUUCCCCUGACUCCGGAUCAGCUGGACUUCCUACGGCACUUCCAGCUUUCGACAGUCGAGGAGCAGAAGAUGACGACGGAGAUGUCAUUUCAAGCCGAGAUGAAGUGGCCUCCGCUUCGGGCAAGUCAUCCCGAGUGCGUCAGGAUUGCCUGGAGCACGACCGGAGGAUCAUGGCAUUGGUGUCCGCGGUCAGACGCGUGGAGGUCGGACUCGAGCAGCAGCGGCGGCGGCGGCAAUCGGUCGGACGCGGCCUCGUCGCCUUGGAUGACAUCAUCGGGCAUACACAGGUUCUGGACGUGGAGCUUCGAGACCUGGAGCCCGAGAUCGCCGCAGAAGCGAAGGCUGCCCAGAAGCUCUUGACGCCGCACCCCAGAGAUGUUCCUCCUGAGCUCCUCGCGGCUCUGGAGAAGGACCGGCAGAGCUUGACACGGGCGUACCAGGCGGCCAGAAGACUUUCUGAGGACAUCCUGCGAAGCCUGCGAGACCACAGGGAUUCAUACAAGGAGGCGGUAGAAGCCGAGCUGAAGUCACUCGCAGGACGAGUGGAGGUUCUGCUGUCCUGGUUGAGAGACACAGAGGCGCUUGUGAAUGACGAAAGUGAAAAUAGGGAGGCGGACGAUCAGUUGCGUCUCUCCGAGGAGCUUCAGUCCAGCCUGACGUCGCGUUCCGGCGACGUGGCCCGAGCGGCCUCGGACGUCCAGGUUUUCGUCUCGGAGCGGGCGGGCGACCUGGCGCCGCAGCAGAGCGAGCGCCUCCUGGGGCAGCUGCGGCAGCUGCGGGGGGCCUUCCGCGGCGCGGCGGGGCGAGCUCGCGCCCGGGCCCGGGCCGCCGCCCCGCGGGUGCGUGACGACGAUCGGCGCCGUCGAGUCGACGUCGAGGAGAAGCUGAAGGAGAGAGAGGUGAUCCAGCAGCAGAAAACGGAAUGUUCUCGCCAGUUGGAAGGUCUCAGCUCCUGGUUGGCGGGACCCGCCGCCGUUCUGGCCAAUCAGAGAUCAGAAUCGGCAGCGGACUCGGACGAUGUGAACGUCCUGCGAGAAAAGCAGAAGAAGUUAAAGGAAGUGCAGAAGGACCUCCGGGCCAGAGCGGAGGACACGGCCGAGGCCGUCCGCUCGGCGGAGGACUUGCUGGCCCGGCGAGGAGAAAGCUUGAGCGCGGAGGAGCGAGAGGGCCUGCGGGUGGCGCUAGCGCGGCUGAAGGAGCGCUACGCGGCCCUGACGGAGGCGGCCGGCGCGUCCGUGUCGGAGGUGGACGCCGCCAUCGACGCCACGCUGCGGCACAACAUGCAGAGGGCUAAAGCCUUUGAGGAUCUUCAGCAGACCCAAGACCAGAUGGACUCCCUGCUGAAGGACUUGACCGCCGCUCACCAAUCGGCAGCUGAAGAUGUCACCGACCUGUCGUCCACGCAGCCCGCCGCCGCCGUCACGUCCCACACGGGGGCGCUGCAGACUGAACUCCGGCGACUGCAGGCUCAGCAGGCCCAGCUUCUCCAAAUCGGCCAAUCGGCGCGCACGCUGCUGGACCGGCCCGACUCCACGGUUCCUCCCGAGGAGAAGCGACGUCUGCGGGCCGCGCUGGACCAGCUGCAGGCUGAGCACCAGCAGAAGCUGCACAGUUGCCAGGAGCGACUGAGGAAGUCGGAGGCGCUGAAGGAUGAGCUGUCCAAGUUUCUCCAGGAGCACGGCGCUCUGGGCGCCUGGCUGGAGCAGAGCGAGCUGGAGCUCAGAUGUUUGGGGGAAGGAGAAACGGACGCUCAGGAACUGAAGAGCAGACUGGACCGACACACAAAGCUGGCCGAGGACGUCAUCUGCCACAAGGCCGACCUGCGCUUCGUCUCCAUCUCGGGUCAGAAGGUUCUGGACUCCUGCGCGGGGGCCCUGGAGCCGCGGUGGGUCGCCGCCACCGAGCGGCUGGUGACCGACAAGCUGCACGACGCCAACCACAGAUAUACCUCGCUUCAUGCCAAGUCGUCAGAUUUGGGCGGGCGCCUGUCGGGCCUGCUGGAGCGCUACCGGCGCUACCGGGACGAGGUGGUCUCGCUCCACUCGUGGCUCAGCGCCCAGGAGCAGAACCAAAGCGUCGCCAAGCCCGGCGGAGACACCGACGCCCGGAACCCGCAGGACACCCUGCGGCGAGUCCAGCUGCUGCAGGACGAGCUGGCCGAGCGCUCGGUGCAGUUGGAGAAGGUGAAGCGAGCCGGAAGAGUUCUGGUCAGCGCGGACGAGUCUCCCUCCCUGAAGGCCGUGGACGUCCUGUGUGCCGCAGACGGUUUAGAGAAGAGGUUCUCGUCGCUGUCGGCGUCCGUGUCGGAGCGGGCCGAGCGGCUUCAGACGGCCGUGGCCCAGUCGGUGAGCGCGCAGGAGGGCUUGAAGGCGCUGCUGACCUGGCUCGACACGCUGGACCCGGACCCCGCGCCCGUGCAGCCCACGGUGCGGGCGCUCCAAGACGCCCUCACCCGCAACCAGAAACUUCGACAGGAGCUCCUUUCCCGCCAGGGCAGCGUGGAGGCCACGCGAGACUCCGUCUCCAAGCUGCUCCAGAGCCCCGAGGCCUCCACCGCUUCGGGCCUGCAGGGGGCGCUGGACGAACUGACGCGGAGGUUCGCCGCCGCCCAGGUCAGCCAAGCCGGGCGGGAGGUCGAGCUGAAGGCGCUGCUGCCCGGGCUGGAGAGCUUCGAGCGGCUGGCGGCCGACCUGCGGGUUUUCGUCAGCGGUCGCGCCAAGGCCCUGAGCCCGGCCGGGCAGCCCGACCGCAGCGUGGACGACUACAGGCAGGCUGUGGAGGAAGUGAAGUCGGCGCUGCAACAGGAAGCGCCUCAGCUCAAGUCCUUCUGCGGCCUGGCGGAAGAAGUCUGCACGUCCCGAGUUUUGGGUGACACGCAAAACCUCCGGCACCACGUCAAGGCCGUGUCGGAUGACUUCCGGCGGCUCGAAGACGACGUCGACCAAAGACUGGAGGCCAUUUUGGCCUGCGAGCAGCAGCUGCUCCACUUCCGUGGGCUCUCCGGCGCCCUCCUCAGGUGGCUGCAGGCGGCGCAGGAGCAGCUGCCCGCCAAGGAGCUCGCCCUGGACACGGAGGCGCUGCAGAGGCGAGUGCAGCAGCUCCAGGAUCUGUUGGAGGAGUGGGAGUCGCAGGCGUCCAGGGUGCAGGAGUUGAACAAGAGCGGCUCUGAGCUGGAGGCGCAAGUCAUUGACAUCACGGCGCCGCAGAGCAAACCCGGCGCUCCCCAAAUGAACGGCUCCGCGGGUCCCGGCAGCGUCAACGGCAUUCAUACUUGUAAAGACCUGACGGAGAUCCAGGUGGCCGUGUCGGACGUCAGCGCGCGGCACGAGGCCCUGGGCGCCGACCUGACGGAGCGCCUGUGCCGCCGGCGGGCCUCGCUGGAGCAGAGGCGGCGAGCCGGGCGCGGUGCCGACGAGCUGCGGCGCUGGCUGAAGGACAAAGAGGAGACCCUCGCGCUGGAGCACGCCGCCUCGCCGUCCAAGCCGGAGGUGGUGCGUGCGCAGGCCCAGGAGAACAAGGCGCUGCUGUCGGAGUUGGCCGAGCGCUCGGCCCAGGUGGAGGAGCUGAAGGGAACCCUGAAGAAGCUCAUCGCCGACAACCCCGAUUCCCCCGAGGCCGACGCCUGGAGGCGACAGCUGCGGGAGAUCGACGCCCGCUGGCUCUCGGCCAAUCAGACGGCGUCGCGGCGCCAGGCGGAGUUGGAGGCGCGCGCCGACCGCCUGGGCAGCUUCGCGGCGGCGGCCGCUCAGCUGGGCCCGUGGCUGCGCGAGAAGGAGCUGAUGAUGAGCGUGCUGGGACCGCUCGGCAUCGACCCCAACAUGCUCAACACGCAGCAGCAGCAAGUUCAAUUCAUGCUGCGAGAGUUCGAGACCCGUCGCCAGCAGUUCGACCAGCUCACCCAGUCUGCCGCGGGCAUCCUCUCGCAGACGCGGGAUCCCAAGGAGCUGGAGGAGGUCCGUACCGAGCUGGACUCUGUCUCCCGGCAGUGGCGCGAGCUGACGGGCGAGCUGGACCGGCGCUCGGAGCUCAUCGGCCGGGCGCGGGGCACCAGCGAGCUUUACCGGGCGCUGUUGCACGAGCUCUCGGCGAGCGCGGCGGCGCUCGGCGAGCGCCUGGACGGCCGGGCCGAGCUCAGCGCCUGUCCCGAGGCGCUGAGGCGGCGCCUGCGGGAAACGGGCGAGAUCCGCUCGGAGCUGGAGAGGCGCCGCGGCGAGCUGGCCCGGGCCGAGCGGCUGUGCGAGGAGCUGAGCGCCAUUGUGGCCGAGCCUUACCUGAAGGACGAGCUGAAGAAGCGGCUGGCGAGCGUCAGCGCGCCGCUCAAAAGCCUGGAGGACCGCGCGGCGGACGGCCUGUCUCAGCUGCAGGCUGCGCUGUCCUCCACGCAGCAGUUCCAGCAGAUGUUCCAGGACGUGCGCUCGUGGCUGGACCGGCAGGCGGAGCUCAGGGACCCGUUGCCGGACGCGCUGCCCUGUCGUCCCGAGGCCGUCCGCUCCCUGCUGUCCGCCGCCGCCGACCUCCGGCGCGCCGUCGCCGCCCAGCGCGGCUCCUACGAGCUGAUCCGGGCCGAGGGCGCGUCGCUGCUCGCCGCCCUUCCCGCCGGCGGGGAGGAGCGCGCCGCCCUGCAGUCCCGCCUUGCCAGCUUGCGGCAGGACUGGGAGGACGUCAACGGGAGACUCUCAGAGCGGGAAGACCGACUGAAAAGCACCCUGAGCGAGGCGGAAAGCUACCAGCGGCACAAGGCCGAGUUUGCCGCCUGGCUGGACGAACGCGAGGAGAAAGACGCGGAGAUCCGGCCGUCGCUGGACUCGACGGGUCUGGAUGAGGCCCUGCGCAAGGCCAGGGGGCUCGCCCUGGACCCGGAGAGGCGACAGCCCCUGCUGGAAGCCUUCAACGCGGCCGCCGACCGGCUCCUGGAGCAGUGCUGCGUGGGAGACGACGAGGUUCGAGACGAGAAGGCGCAGCUGAACCGGCGUCUGGACGCGCUGGCCGAGCGUCUCCUCGCUCGCACGUCGCAGCUGGAGGAGCUCUCGGGCCGCCUCAAGGAGUUCGAGGAAGGUCGGCAGGCGGCGGAGAGACGCCUGGAGGCCGCCGAGCACCAGAUCGAAGUCCAGGAGGCUUUAGGACCUCAGGGCUGCAGCGCCAAGAGCCUGGAGAGGCUGAGGAGCCAGCAGGAGACCCUGGCGUCCCUGCAGCCCCAGGUGCGCUACCUGCGGGACCUGGCUCAGGGGCUGGCGCAGGACGCCCCCCUCGGGCCGGGCAGCGGCGCUCAGAGGCUGCGGGACCGGGCCAAACACACCCAGAGCCAGUUUGACCGCGUCAGCGCCGAGCUGGAGCGGUGUUGCUCCACGCUGGAGUCGCGUCUGCACGGCGUGGGCGAGGUGCAGUCGCACGUGCGCGACGUCUUCUCGCGCCUGGCCGACCUGGACGACGAGCUGGACUCGCUGGACCCCGUCGGGCGCGACGCCGACUCGCUGGCCUCGCAGGCGGACGCGCUGGGCGGCUUCCUGUCGCGUCUGGCCGCCCUCCGCGCCGAGCUGGAGGCGCACGCCGGCGAGUGCGCGGCCAUGCUGCGGCUCGAAGGCUCCUCGCCCGACCUGCUGGCUCUCAGGCGCGAGACGGAGGCGCUCGGGCGCCAGGCCGGGAAGCUGAACGAGCGCGGCCAGGCGCGUCUGGCGCGGAUCCGGGACGCCUCCGAGCGGGUGGACGACUUCUACCGGCUGGCGGGCGAGCUGCGAGGCCUGCUGGGAGCCGCCGAGGAAGGUCUGGACGCGCAGGGCGUUGUGGGCUCCGAGGUGGACGUCAUUGAGCGGCAGCUGAAGGACUUCAAGGCUCUGGAGCGAGAGCAAGUGGACGGCGUUCAGGCCAAGCUGCAGCACAUCAACGCGGUGGGCCAGGGUCUGAUCCAAAGCGCCGCCAAGAACACGGACACGCGGGCCCUGGAGCACGACCUGGACCAAACCAACCAGACAUGGAACUCGCUCAACAAGAGGGUGGCGGAGAGGAUUGCUCGGCUGCAGGAGGCCCUGUUGCAUUGCGGGAAAUUCCAGGACGCCCUGGAGCCGCUGCUCAGCUGGCUGAGCGACACGGAGGAGCUGGUGGCCAAUCAGAAGCCGCCGUCGGCCGAGUACCGCGUGGUCAAAGCCCAGAUCCAAGAGCAGAAGCUGCUCCAGAGGCUGCUGGACGACCGGCGGCCCACCGUGGAGAUGAUCCGCGCCGAGGGCGAGCGCAUCGCCGGCGACGCCGACGCUCAGGACCGAGAGAAGAUCCGCAACCAGCUGCGCGCUCUGGCCCAGAGGUGGAGCGACCUCCUGGGCGAGGCCGGAUCCAGGCAGAGGCAGCUGGAGGAGCUGCAGGUGCUGGCGCUGCACUUCCACGAGGCUCUGGAGCCGCUGGGCGAGUGGCUGAGCGCCACCGAGAGGCGCCUGAGCUCCGCCGAGCCCACGGGAACCCAGACGGCCAAGAUCGGCCAGCAGAUCGUCAGGCACAAGGCCUUCCGAGACGACGUGCGCGCCCGCGAGUCCGACGUGGCCCGCCUGCGUUCCCUCAGCCAAUCGCUGGCCCCGCUCAGCUGCGCGUCGGACCGCGAUUGGCUGGGCGAGCGCGUGGAGGCGGUGCGCUCCGGCCACGCCCAGCUUUCCGAGCGGUGCGCGCGGCGGGAGGCGCUGCUGGAGCAGGCGCUGGCCAACGCGCGGCUCUUCGGCGAGGACGAGGUGGAGGUGCUCAACUGGCUGGCCGAGGUGGGCCAGAGGCUGGCGCAGGUGUCGGUGCGGAGCUACCGGCCCGACGUUCUGGCCGAGCAGCACGAGCGCACGCUGUCCCUCAACGAAGAGAUUGUGAGCAGGAAGACGACGGUGGACCAGGCCAUCAAGAACGGACAAGCGCUACUCAAGCAGACCACAGGUGAGGAGGUUCUGCUGAUCCAGGAAAAGCUUGACAGCAUAAAGUCUCGCUACGCCGAGAUGACGACGGGCAGCGGCAAAGCUCUGCGCACCCUGGAGCAGGCCCUGCAGCUGGCCACGCGAUUCGCCAGCGCCCACCACGACCUCAACGAAUGGCUGGACGCCGUGGAAGCCGAGCUCAACGACGCGGAGCCCGACGCGGAGCCCGCCUACCGGGAGCGACAGAAGGAGCUGAAGAACGCGUCGGCCGAGAAGCGGCUGGUGUUGGACACCCUCAACGAGGUGGGCGGCGCCCUGCUGGAUCUGGUGCCCUGGCGAGCGCGCGAGGGCCUGGACCGGCUGACGGCCGACGCCAACCAGCGCUACCGCCAGGCCGACGACACCGUCACGCAGAGGUUGCGGCUGGUGCAGGCCGCCAUCCAGAGGUCGCAGCAGUACGAGGAGGCGGUGGAUGCGGAGCUGGCCUGGGCGGGCGAGACGGAGCGCAAGCUGGCGUCGCUGGGCCCGCUGAGCCUGGAGCCCGACGUGACCGUGGCCCAGCUGCGGGUCCAGAAGGCCUUCAACAUCGACAUCAUCCGCCACAAGGACGCCGUGGACCAGCUGCUGGCCACCAGGGACAACAUCCUGGAGACGUGCGGCCACGCCCAGAAGGACGCGCUGACGGCGAAGACGGACUCCCUGAGCGCCCGCUACGACGCCGUCAACCGGAGCCACGGCGAGCGCUUCGCGGCCCUGGAGCGGGCUCAGGCGCUGGCGGCCCGGUUCUGGGAGACCCACGAGGAACUGGAGCCGUGGCUGGGCGAGACCGAGACCCUCGUCGGGCGGCUGCCGCCGCCCGCCGUCGACACGGACGCCCUGCGCCUGCAGCAGGACCAGAUGAGGCUGCUGAGAGAGUCCAUCGCGGAGCACAAGCCGCACAUCGACAAGCUCCUUAAAAUCGGACCGGCGCUGGCCGAGCUGAGCGCGACGGAGGGCCCGCGGGUGACGCGGUGCCACGCCGAGGCCGAGCGCCGCUACCUGGCCGUCAAGGAGGAGGUGAAAGGUCGCGCGGCGCUGCUGGACGAGGCCGUGUCGCAGUCCGCUCAGUUCCACGACAAGAUGGACCCCCUGCUGGAGACGCUGGAGGCGGCCGCGCAGCGCCUGCGUCAGCCUCCGCCGGCGGCGGCCGAGGUGGACAAGAUCCGCGAGCAGCUGGCCGAGCACCGGACGCAGGGCCUGGACCUGGACAAACUGCUGCCCAGCUUCUCUGCCCUCUGCGCCCGAGGAGAGGAACUCAUCGGCCGGGCGGCCCGCGACGACCCGGCUGCCCGCGCCGUCCACUCCCGCUUGCUACGUCUGCGCUCGCUGUGGGACGAGAUCCGCCAGCGGGCCGAGGAGCGCGAGAGCAAACUCAACGACGUGCUGGACCUGGCCGGCAAGUUCUGGGCGGACGUGGCGGCGCUGCUGAGCACGCUGCGCGACUCGCAGGACAUCGUCAAGGAGCUGGAGGACCCCGGCGUGGACCCCUCGCUCAUCAAGCAGCAGAUCGAGGCCGCCGAGGCCAUCAAGGCGGAGACAGACGGUCUGAGGGAGGAGCUGGAGUUUGUCAGGACCCUCGGGGCAGACCUCAUCUUCGCCUGCGGAGAAACCGAGAAACCCGAAGUCAAGAAGACCAUCGACGAGAUGAACGGUGCCUGGGAAGGCCUGAACCGGACGUGGAGGGAGCGCAUGGAGAGGCUGGACGAGGCCAUGAGCGCCUCCGUGCAGUACCAGGACGCGCUGCAGUCCAUGUUCGACUACCUGGACAACGCGGUCAUCAAGCUGUGCGAAAUGCUGACGGUGGGCACCGACCUGGGCACGGUCAAACAGCAGAUUGAAGAGCUCAAGCAGUACAAAGUGGACGUGUACCAGCAGCAGAUCGACAUGGAGAAGCUCUGCCACCAGGGGGAGCUGCUGCUGAAGAAGGUGUCGGACCAGACGGACCGGGACAUGAUCCAGGAGCCGCUGACCGAACUGCGCCACCUGUGGGACAACCUGGGCGACAAGAUCACGCAGAGACAGCACAAGCUGGAGGCGGCGCUGCUGGCCCUGGGUCAGUUCCAGCACGCCCUGUCUGAGCUGCAGGCCUGGCUGAGCCACACGUACGCCACCCUGGACACGCAGCGGCCCAUCAGCUCCGACCCCAAGGCCAUCGAGAUUGAGCUGGCCAAGCACCACGUUUUGCGCAACGACGUGCUGUCCCAUCACGCCACGGUGGAGGCGGUCAACGCGGCGGCCGCCGAGCUCCUGGAGUCGUCCCCCGGAGACGAGGCCGGCCACCUGAGGGAGCAGCUGGACCGGCUCAACCGCAGCUGGCAGAACCUUCUGCUGAAGACGCAGGAGAGGCAGAAGCUGCUCGAAGCCGCCUUGCAGCAGGCGGAGGGCUUCCACGGCGAGCUGGAGGAGUUCCUCCAGUGGAUGAGGCGCACGGAGAGCCAGCUGUCCGCAGCCAAACCCACCGGGGGCCUCCCCGAGACCGCCAAGGAGCAGCUGGAGCAGCACAUGGAGCUCCAAGCCCAGCUGAGCCAGCGGGCCGAUCAGUACCACCGGCUGCUGGACGCCGGAGAGUCCUUGCUUCUGGCUCGCGGCGGAGAGGACGCGGGACCGGGAACCACGCAGACCCAGCAGACCCUGGCCGUGCUGCAGAACAAGUGGGCCGGCCUUAACGCCAAGAUGGACGAUCGGCGGGCCAAACUGGACGAGGCGCUCGCCCUGGCGAGCGGGUUCCAGACUUGCCUGCAGGACACCAUCAACUGGCUGACCCAGGCCGAGCAGACCCUCAACACGGCGCAGCCCCCCAGCCUCCUCCUGGACACGGUCCUCUUCCAGAUCGACGAGCACAAGGUUUUCGUCAACGAGGUGAACACGCACCGCGAGCAGGUUCUGGCCCUGGAGAAGUCCGGCUCCCAGCUGCGCUUCGCCAGCCUGAAGCAGGACGUGGUCCUCAUCAAGAACCUGCUGCUGAGCGUCCAGGCCCGCUGGGACAAGCUGGUCCAGAGGUCUCUGGACCGCGGCCGGCACCUGGACGAGGCUCGCAAGCGGGCCAAGCAGUUCCAUGAGGCCUGGAGGAAGCUGAGCGACUGGCUGGAGGAGGCCGAGAACCGACUGGACUCGGAGCUGGAGAUCCCCAACGAGCCGGACAAGAUCAAAGUCCAGCUGAGCAAACACAAGGAGUUCCAGAAGGCGCUGGGCUCCAAGCAGCCGGUCUACGACACCACGGUGAGGUCGGGCCGGGCCAUGCGCGACAAAGCUCAGCUGCCGGCCGACGCCCAGAAGCUGGACCACCUGGUGGGCGAAGUCCGCGACAAGUGGGACACCGUCUGCGGGAAGAGCGUGGAGAGGCAACACAAGCUGGAGGAGGCCCUGCUCUUCUCGGGUCAGUUCGCCGAGGCCCUCCAGGCCCUGGUGGACUGGCUGUACCGUGUGGAGCCGCAGCUGGCUGAAGAUUUGCCCGUGCACGGCGACCUGGACCUGGUCUCCAACCUCAUGGACUCCCAUAAGGCCUUCCAGAAGGAGAUGGGCAAGAGGACGGGCAGCGUUCAGGCCCUGAAGCGCUCGGCCCGAGACCUGAUGGAGACGGGUCGCGACGACACGGCGUGGGUCAGAGUUCAGCUGCAGGAGCUGAGCAACCGCUGGGAGACGGUGUGCGCGCUGUCCGUCACCAAGCAGACGCGACUGCAGCAGGCGCUCGAGCGGGCAGAAGAGUUCCGCACGGCGGUGCAGAUGCUGCUGGAGUGGCUGUCGGAGGCCGAGCAGAGCCUUCGCUUCCGCGGCGUCCUUCCCGAGGAGGCGGAGACCCUGCAGGCGCUGCUGCACACCCACCGCCAAUUCAUGGGCACCGUGGAAGAGAAGAGGGCCGAGGUCAACCGGGCGGCGGGCAUGGGCGAGGCCAUCCUCGCCCUGUGUCACCCCGACUCCAUCACCACCAUCAAGCACUGGAUCACCAUCAUCCGGGCGCGCUUCGAGGAGGUGUUGACGUGGGCCAAACAGCACGAGCAGCGUCUGGAGGCGGCGCUGACCGAGGUUCUGAACAACGCCAACCUGCUGGAGGAGCUGCUGUCGUGGCUCCGGUGGGCCGAGACCACCCUGGUGCAGAGAGACACUGAGCCCCUCCCUCAGGACAUCCCCCAAGUCAAGGGACUCAUCACGGAACACCAGAUGUUCAUGGAGGAGAUGACGAGGAAGCAGCCGGACGUGGACAAAGUCACCAAAAGUUACAAAAGGAAACCCGCGGAGGCGCCCAGCAGCCUGGCAGAGAGGAGAGGAGGCCGACGACACCAGCAGCAACAGCCGCAGCUUCAUCAUCAUCAUCAGCAGCAGCAGGCCUCGGUGCAGGUGCCAGAGACAAACCCGCGACUCAACCAACUGUGUGCCCGCUGGCAGCAAGUUUGGCUUCUGGCACUGGACCGCCAGCGAAAACUCAACGACGCUCUGGACAGGCUGGAGGAGCUGAAAGAGUUCGCCAACUUCGACUUUGACGUGUGGCGUAAGAAGUACAUGCGCUGGAUGAACCACAAGAAGUCGCGCGUCAUGGACUUCUUCCGGCGCAUCGACAAGGAUCAGGACGGGAAAAUCACGCGGCAGGAGUUCAUCGACGGCAUCCUGGCGUCCAAGUUCCCCACCAGCAAGCUGGAGAUGACGGCGGUGGCGGACAUCUUCGACCGAGACGGCGACGGCUACAUCGACUACUACGAGUUUGUGGCCGCCCUGCACCCCAACAAGGACGCCUACAGACCCACCACGGACGCCGACAAGAUCGAGGACGAGGUGACUCGGCAGGUGGCGCAGUGCAAGUGUGCCAAAAGGUUCCAGGUGGAGCAGAUAGGGGAGAACAAAUACCGGUUCUUCCUCGGAAACCAGUUCGGCGACUCGCAGCAGCUGCGUCUGGUGCGCAUCUUGCGCAGCACUGUCAUGGUGCGGGUGGGCGGCGGCUGGAUGGCUCUGGACGAGUUCCUGGUCAAGAACGAUCCGUGUCGAGUUCAACAUCCCGGACUUAAGAUCCUUCGCUCCGACUCCAGUAGCUCCAUCUCAUCCCGUAUAGCUCGCGGGCGCACCAACCUGGAGCUCCGCGAGAGGUUCAUCCUCCCCGAGGGGACGCCGCAGGGCGUGUGCGCCUUCCGCUCGCGAGGCCGCCGCUCCAAGCCGGGCUCCCGCAACGCCUCGCCCACCCGCUCCUCGUCCUCGGCCUCGCACAGCGGCGCCUCGGCGCCCGCCACGCCCACCGCGUCGGCGUCGUCCAGGUCGUCGCACACUCACUCUCGUGACUACGCCAAGCCGUGGUUGGCACACAGUAAAAGCGCGCCGGCGAACAAGUGUCCGUGCUGCCCGGACGUCGGCGGCGGCGGCGGCGACGACGAGGGGGCGUCGUCAGGCUCCAAGCUGAAGCGUCCGACCUUCCACUCCAGCCGCGGCUCGCUGACGGGAGAGAACGGCGGGUCGACGCACGCCGGCAAACGGAGCGAUCCGAAGCGAGCGGGGUCGUCGGCCGGCGCCGCCGCCGCCGGCCGCGCGGGCAGCCGUGCCGGCAGCCGAGCCGGCAGUCGGCGGGGAAGCGACGCGUCCGACGCCUCGGAGCUGCAGGACGCGCGCUCCGUCUGCUCCGACGCCUCCGACACGCCGCGGAGGCCCGGCGGCGCCAAGCCCUCCAAGAUCCCCACCAUCACCAAGAAGUCACCCAGUCCCAAAACACCCGCGCCCAGCAAAAAAUAAGACAAGGAAGCAAAAAUGUCCUCCAUUUUGGAUGCCGUGGUGGUAUCCAUCUUAUGCCAAGAAAAGUGACCCCAAAAAUCCUAGGAAAAAAAUGUGGGCUUGCAGCAGCACGUGUGGAACUCUCAAGGGGAGGGAGCGCACUUGUGGUUUGCAAAAAAAAAUAAAA